CCACAACUUGACCGUUGCUAACGCCGGCACUAACCCCCACAAAUAUCCCUUCACGAGAACAGAUUCUCCGUUUCAUUUUCCGUCACGAUAUUACAUUUUUAAAGGAAAAAACUGACUUUUUUUUUUUUUUCUGUAAAAGCCACAACAUCACAACAGUGUAAACAUAUGGGAUGCAGUUUUCUUGUCUCGUGGAAAUAGCCUGCGAAAUUAAUUAAUUUCCCUUUUAUUACAUUUCUUCUUACUAACGCCAUUCUUUUUUUUUUUUUUUUUUUAAUAAUAUUUGGGUAGAUUUUUUUUCAGUAUCUUAAGCUGCUUUUUUCAGUGACCAAUUGUUCUCUCUGUUUCUUUCUUCUUCACUUUUGCUCUUUUUGAGGGUCUCUUCGCGCGCUUUAAGACCACAAAAGGGGAAGGAUUAGGAGGCUUCACGAUAAUUUCUGUUUUUUUUUUUUGGUUUCAGUGAGUUCUAGAAAUGGAGAGAAAGCAGGGUUUCUUUUCGGUGGUCAGGGGGUUGUCUCCGAGUCGGUCGCGAGCAAAGAGUCCGGCGAGGAGUGCGUCACCAAUGUCGAGCUUACUGCGGCGGAGGAGGAACAAUAAUAGCCACUAUGUGUCGCAGCCGGAGCCGUUAAUUUUUAGGUCUGGGAACCUGAGGCCAGCGGAGACUUUGUCGCCGUUGAAGGAAGGUCCCGAUCCGGAUGGAACGGACGGUGGAGAUUCGAGGAUGGAAGGUAGGUGGUCCCAGUGGAUGAAAGGUCAGCUGGCACGCGCUCCUUCCGUUUCGACUUCAACGUGUAAACGCUCCGAUCUGAGGUUGUUGCUUGGAGUCUUGGGUGCGCCUUUGGCGCCUGUGCACGUCAGCGCUUUGGAGCCUUUCCCACACCUCAGCAUUAAAGAUACCCCAAUUGAAUCUUCAUCUGCUCAAUACAUAUUACAGCAGUAUACUGCUGCUUCAGGUGGGCAAAAGCUUCAAAACUCCACCCACAAUGCUUAUGCUAUGGGAAGGGUGAGAAUGAUAGCUUCUGAGUUUGAGACGGCUAACAAGGUCAUUAAGAAUCGGAAUUCUUCUAAAGCUGCAGAGUCAGGUGGGUUUGUCUUGUGGCAAAUGAAUCCGGACAUGUGGUAUGUGGAGCUUGCACUUGGUGAUAGCAAGGUUCAUGCAGGGUGCAAUGGGAAGCUCGUGUGGAGGCACACUCCUUGGCUUGGUGCACAUGCUGCUAAAGGGCCUGUAAGGCCACUGCGCCGUGCACUUCAGGGUCUUGAUCCAAGAACAACAGCAAGCAUGUUUACAAAUGCAAGAUGUAUUGGUGAAAAGAAUAUAAAUGGGGAAGACUGCUUUAUCCUCAAGCUUUGUGCCGAUCCUGUAACGUUGAAGGCCAGGAGUGAAGGACCUGCUGAGAUCAUAAGACAUGUUUUAUUUGGCUACUUCAGCCAGAAAACAGGGCUUCUUCUGCACUUGGAAGACUCACAUUUAACCAGAAUUCAGAACAAUGGGGGCGAUGCUGUGUACUGGGAGACUACAAUCAAUUCAUUUCUUGAGGAUUACAGACCUGUUGAGGGAAUAAUGAUUGCUCACUCGGGUCGCUCUGUGGUGACGCUUUUCCGCUUUGGAGAUACUGCAAUGAGCCACACUAGGACCAGGAUGGAAGAAGCAUGGGCAAUUGAAGAAGUGGCAUUCAAUGUUCCGGGCCUGUCAAUGGACUGUUUCAUACCCCCAGCUGAAAUAAGAUUGGCUUCAAUUAGUGAAGCCUGUGAAUUCUCUCAGGGUCCAAGGGUAAAAACUACUGUGGCUACUGCACCAUGUCGAGCCAAAGUUAGUACACUAGAUAAAAGUUCAUGACCCAGAUGGUAACAAGUGUCAUGUGAAAGAUGGAUAUUUAAGGAAGAGGGCUUUGGCAAAGUAUCACACGACUAGAUGUAAUACUUUUAGUUGACUAACUAAUUAGAAGGUAAAAUCGGAAUUGUAGUUGUCUUGUCUGUGAGAAUUUUGUAUUGUAUCAACGUCUCUUUAAAUUUGUAAAUACAGGACAGUGAUCUUCAUAUUUUCGCAGGUUAAUACCAAUGUAGUUUUUAUCCCCCAAAGGAAUGCCAUUAAGGAAUCAGUAGUUGCUUUUUUUUUUUUUCUGGGUGACUGGCUAA